CCUUCACAGCUUGCCACCGCGUAGGCGAGAUUACGUACUACGUAACGCGUUUUCGAAAUAUAAUCACGUGGCAGUGCUUCUCGUUAUCUCUGAUUUCCGGUUCUCCGUAGGCGCGUACAAAUACGCAAGCUCCGCGCAGUCUGCAGGCUGUCAAAAAAGAGUUAGACCUCUUCAGGAGCUCAGCGUUUUCGCACUGCACUAUAGUUGAUCACGUUGUUCCUUUCACAGCGAAAAAAAAAUGUGCACGAGAGAGUCGUAAAUCAGAGCUUAACUGCGUAUUUUCGUCGACUCGCACGGUUCGCUCGUUUAGUUUAGUUGAAGUCUACAACAAGCUCCGCUCGCAGAGAAUCUCGACGCGUCCGCUCAGAUUUAGGUUCAGAGUGUGACGGUAAGGCCGCGUAAUGAACUUCUAUAUCUUUGCAGCAGCGCUUUUCGCGCAAGGCAUCGCCCUAGUGAGCUGCGCUGCGGUUCCCUCGUCUCCGAGGUGCAAGGAUCAAAAUGGGCAAGAUGUUGACUGGUUCAUCAUCUACAAGCUUCCCCGUAUGCAGACUUACGAUCAGAACUCCUUCACGCCCGAAGGAGGCGAGUUCGUGUACGUGGACUCGCGCAGCACCCAGGAACCGCUGCGUUAUUGGCCGCUAUCGGCGCAGGACUUGUACAAACCCCAGAACCCAGUCGCGCUAACGCUGGCGCCACUCUACGAGAACACCACGAGAAAGGAUAUUUUAUACUUUGUCUACAACGACCAGCCACCACCAAUGUACAACGGAACGCGCAACGGACACUGCAAAGGUGUCGUCCUUUUCGACGACAACGUUGGCGUGUGGCUGCUGCACAGCGUGCCGGGAUUCGCGCAAGGAUUGCAGAGCGGACAGUACAGCUUUCCGGACACGGCCAGGGAGAACGGUCAGGCGUUCAUGUGCGUCACUUUCCCGACGCCGCAAGUCGACACGAUUGCGAGGCUCUUGCGCACCGAGUACGCCAACGUUUACGCCCGCCAGGUGCCGCAGGCGAUGAAGGACAAGUACCCAGAAGUGGCGCUGCUCGCAAAGGACAGCUUCGUCCGGGCUUUGGACCAGAAGCUCUACAUCGCUAAUCUGACCAGCGUCGGCGGCGUUGCUCUGCGGGCGUACGCAAAACGCGCGACGCUGGACGACGACCUGUACUCUGGAGUGCUCGCCAACGAUCUGAAGGACGACCUCGCAGUGCAGUCUUGGAGAAAUGGCGCAGGAGGCAAGCUCCCUCCGGCGUGCAACUCCAGCUACACCGUCGUCAAUAUCGAUGCCGUCCUGUUGAGGUUCGACGCUAACACCUCGAUCACAUUCAACACCACCGAGGACCACAGCAAGUGGGCCGUCACCAUCGACAGAGACGUGUUCUGUUUCGCUUCGAUGAAUCGUAUGGGAUCUCAAGAAACCCGUGGCGGAGAAGUCCCUGUGCUUCAGCAAUGGCGUGGUGCAGGCUCUCUUCGCACGCAGCGCCAUCAUCAACGAGGGAUGCCCUGUGUAACUCGGUCAUAACGACGACACUCGCAAGCGGAACUAUUGUUGAAUUCCAAUGGCGGAGUCGGAGCAAGUUUUCUACUCGUUGGGAGCAAAUUUGUUCCAAUGACAGAGUGAGGGCGGGGCUCGAGUGUUCCAAGACGGGAGUGGGAGUGGAGGCAGCGCGCGAGUCACUGCGUGGAGCAGGAAAAGUUGCUCCGCCAAAAUCGGCGGAGCGGACCGGAACUAUGCGUGACGCACAUCCUUUACUACGUUUGCCUGCUUGGGGGCGCCGCCAGUAGUCACGUCUUUUGGCAAUAAUGGCGGACGACAUAUGCACGACUGGGCAUCAUGCAGCAUUGCUUACGCUGCUCGAUAGCUCCGAGUCAGAAAGCUCCAGUUUCUGCACGAGCGAUUCAUCGGAUUGUGAGAGCGACGCUGAAACUGCCGUGUACGAGCGGGAAUUAUACACAGAAUUAGACUGCGGAACAAAAUAACUACAAGAUAAGUAUUCUGGACCACACGGCACACGAAAGAUAGAACUUCCGCUUCCGCCUUGCUCCAGUGGCGCGGGUUGUGUUCUAGUCGAGGAUUUGGAGGCGUUGCUAUACGCCAGAGUGCUCACUCGCGAAGUUUCUCGGCUGCUCCGACUCUUCCAUUGAAAUUCAACAUAUGUCCAGCAGUUGUUUCGGUUUGUGCCGAUCUGUGCAGAUCGAUAAUAGUGUAAGGCAUCCUAUAAAUAGCGUUUGGCGACCUAAGAAACGAAAUAGAUGCACCAGCCUGGUCUGGUACGAUUCUCUUUCUAAAAAUAUACCAGCAUGGGCUCCUCUUCUUCCUGCUAUUGGCAGCGCUCAAGACUUCGCCGUUCGGAAAGAUAUACAACCUGACCAAAAUUAUCAUACUGCCGGCUAAUAGCAUACGCUGAAUUUUGCGAUGUCAGGACGAAUACGCGCUUUAUUCAACAUGGACGUCUCUUAAUUAGAAAUGUAACUAGACAUUUAAUUAUUUGAAGAGGACAUGCAGAGGUUUAAAAAGGACAGGUAAUAUUAUUUUGUUGGCGGCGUCCGUGCUGGAUUUCCGGGUUUCCAGUCGACAAUAACAUUGUAUUGGAUACCUUGAAAAUAUUUUUGAUGCAAUCAUACUUAACAUAGUACUCGCGGCGACAAUCGCCUCAAGACAUUUACGCAAUGCGAGUUAUUCUUCCGCACUAAACUAGUUUCAAAAGAUGUGUUGUUUCACGAUCCACUGACCAUCUGCAGCUGUUGUAGAGAUUCCUUUUACCGCAGAUGUUCAUUCAGCUGUCAUACUGUCGGCACUUGCCUACAUGUCAAAGUGUAGUAUGGGUAAAAUGGUGUUGUCUGUCUCACGAACAUUGGAUAUGAAGAGUGAAUAAAAUAUUUUGUCAA